CAGUGUUUCAAAUCAACCCAACUUGUUCUUCUUCUUCAUAUAAAUCUCUGAGUCUCUGCAAAUUAUUGUUACGUUCCUUCAAGCUAGGUGAGGAAUCCAUGGCAGUAGCAGAGUUGAAGUCCUCUUACAGUACUUCAGCCUCUCGUUUCUCUCCUCUAUCACCACCACGUUCUCCUUGUUUUUCAUCCCCACAACUUCGUCUCUCUCAUGCCUCCUACCCCUCCAUUUCUUGCUCCAUUGCUACCAGUGGAGUGCAGGCGCCGAUUGGGGACAAGAGUGUUAAGAAUAAUAAUAUUGCAGAAGAUUGCUAUGGAGUUUUCUGCUUGACCUAUCCUCUCCAGCCUGAAGAAGAAACAAGAACAUGGAAGAAACUAAUUAACGUUGCAGUCUCUGGUGCUGCUGGAAUGAUCUCAAAUCAUCUCCUUUUCAAGCUUGCAUCUGGGGAGGUUUUCGGUCCUGAUCAACCUAUAGCUCUGAAACUAUUGGGAUCUGAGAGGUCAUUCCAAGCACUUGAAGGAGUUGCAAUGGAAUUGGAGGACUCACUGUUCCCUUUACUAAGAGAGGUGAGCAUUGGGAUUGACCCUUAUGAGGUGUUCCAAGAUGCAGAAUGGGCUCUGUUAAUAGGUGCCAAGCCUCGAGGUCCUGGCAUGGAGCGUGCAGAUUUAUUAGACAUUAAUGGCAAAAUCUUCGCUCAACAGGGAAAAGCCCUAAAUGCUGUGGCAUCUAGAAAUGUCAAAGUUAUGGUUGUGGGAAACCCUUGCAAUACAAAUACAUUAAUAUGCUUGAAGAAUGCUCCAAACAUUCCCGCAAAGAAUUUUCAUGCUCUGACUCGCUUAGAUGAGAACAGGGCUAAAUGUCAGCUAGCUCUCAAAGCAGGUGUGUUCUAUGAUAAAGUGUCAAAUAUGACCAUAUGGGGGAAUCACUCAACUACACAGGUCCCUGACUUCUUAAAUGCCAGAAUUGAUGGUUUGCCUGUUAAAGAUGUGAUCAAGGAUCACAAGUGGUUAGAGGAAGAGUUCACUCAAAAGGUUCAAAAGAGAGGCGGUGCUCUUAUUCAGAAGUGGGGGAGAUCAUCAGCUGCAUCAACUGCUGUAUCAAUAGUUGAUGCCAUUCGGUCUUUAACCACUCCUACUCCUGAGGGUGAUUGGUUUUCCUCAGCUGUAUAUACCAAUGGAAAUCCUUAUGGUAUAGCAGAAGAUAUUGUUUUCAGUAUGCCAUGUCGAUCAACAGGAUAUGGCGAUUAUGAGCUUGUCAAGGAUGUUAUAAUUGACGACUACCUCCGACAACGAAUAGCUAAAACAGAAGCAGAGUUGUUGGCGGAGAAGAGAUGUGUGGCUCACCUGAUAGGGGAGGGAAGUUCUGUGUGUGAGCUACCUGGUGACACAACACUACCUGGAGAAAAGUAGCAAGUAACAAUGAGCACCUCAAGGUUAAAGCAUAUAUUUACACUGAUUUCUAGGUACCUACUCUAAUAAACUAGGUAUAACAUGCAUUCAAGGCCAAUCAUAAAUAGUAGUUAUACAAGCAUUUCAUAUACGUUUUUUAAGUGGGAUUUACUGAUGAUUGGAUUUGUUUACCGUCUUAAUUUUUUUUCUGGGAAGUACAUUCAAAAUUUCUCAAAUAUUGAGAGUACGGUCACCAAUUGUAGAAGGAUAAUUACUGCAUAAUAAAUCGAGCAUAAUUUUUGUGCGAAUCA